AUGGAUCUGGACACAUCACUGGCGGACUUUCAUAGCACGGAAACUUUGGUUUCUACCCCAAAAUAUUCUUAUGGUGUUCUUAUAAAUGUCAUCUUGUUGGUUCUGUGGACAUGCUUUCGCGUGGUGAAUUGGUUCUUGGUGACGCUACCGUCGAUUUUGCUUGGAAUGCUCUCCAAAACUUUCCAAAUCACCUUGUCACUUUCGUCGAUUCUCAUGUUUGUGGUUGCAGUGACGGCUAUUUGUUUCUUGGUGGUUCGGUACAAAUACUUGACAAGAUACUCUCGAAACUCAGCUGCCAAAGAACCAGCGAAAAAGCUGUUUGAUAUCGAUGAUCUUUCGAAAAAGAAGAAACUGCUGUCCAAGACUUCUUCCAAUUACUUGGACCAGUUCUUAAGUGCAAUUCAGGUUUUUGGAUACUUGGAGGGCCCGGUUUUCCACGAGUUAACGAGAAAUAUGACUACCCAGAAAGUCCUUCCGAACGAGGUUUUGUACUUGGAUGAGUCGUUGGGGUUCCUGAUUGUGGUCGAGGGAACUAUGCAAGUAUACACCAAAGUCACCAACCUCUCGAAUCUGAGUUUGAACGCUGAAGACGAUGGGUUAGAUUUGCGGUACGAAAAUGACGACGUUCUUUGCAUUGGAAACGACAAGUACCAGCUUUUAAAUGAGGUUAAGAGUGGAGCACCGUUGUCUUCACUUAUGAGCACUUUGGACCUUUUCACCUCCAACGAAGUACCACUUCUGCCAACUAAAUUUGGCUCUUAUAGUCUCACCGCUGUCACCCCUCUUGAAUUGAGUCCCAAUAAUACUGGUGGCAACUCUCCACCUCCUUCACUUGCUCCAGAAAUUGUUGCGAGGCCAAAGGGCACCACAAGCACAACUUUGGCAAUUAUCCCAUAUACAGCAUUCCAAAGACUCCACAAAAAGUAUCCCAAGGCAACUUCACACAUAGUCACCAUGGUAUUAACCAGACUCUACAAGGUUUCGAUGAACACUAUUUAUAACUACUUGGGGCUUUCUAAGGACAUUUUAGAUUGCGAACGAAAUCUCAAUGCUGAAACUAACGAAAGGCUUCCCAGUUAUCUUUCCAAAGGAAUCAUCGAGAAAUUUCACAAAACCGAAGAACUGGCUUCUGUUGAAGGCCUGCCAACGCUCCCCCGGAGAUCUACCGUCAACUUGAGAGCACUUACUCGUCAAGCAUCUUCAUCUCGCUAUGUCGUUCUUGCAUCUCGCUCCAAAUCUACCCAUCCAGGUGAUCUCUUGUCUUCCGUUCCCUUGUCGAGAAGAUCAGACUACUACGAAACCCAAACCAUUCCAAAUGAAUCGGAGGAUCUGCCCACCAUCCAAAGGUCCUCUCUCAGACGGCGAGCAUCUCAUUCCACUAGUCUUCGAAAGAGUAACAGUGUUCUUGAAGAUAUCCGUGUUCGUGGCUUUUCCAAUGAACGUGAAGAGACCGAAGAGACAUCUUUGCGUACCGCAAUUGUGGAGCAAAUCUUCACGCAUUUGGGUAUAUCUGAAGACGAUCCCACUGUGAUGAAUAUCAAUCCGACUUCGGCGUCUUCUUCAGCAUCGUCUUCAAUUGUGGGCAUUUCAAAGUUGAACUAUGGGUCUUUAGAUUCCAUUAAUAGUCCUCGUGUGGACCCCAUGACCAGUAUUCGGUCCAGUUUAGCAAGUAAUGGGAACAAAGUGUACCAAACAAUCAACCAACACACAAAGGAAGCAGACGUUUUACAAGAAAAACCAAAGAAGGUGGUUUUGCCCGGCUCUAGAGGUGACGAUUCUGACUUUGUGGCAGUGAAAGAUGAAUUCGCUCGAGCUAUACAAAUGAAAUAUAUCCAGCCAGGUAAAACUAUCAUUGAACAGGACUCGUUCCACACAGGUAUAUUUUACGUCAUUGAUGGUUCUCUAGAUGUGAUACAAGAGUCAAACGGCAAGUCGAAAAAGAUCUAUACCGUGAAAGCUGGGGGCAUCACUGGCUACUUAAACUGCCUUAUUGGCAUGAAAUCUUUGGUGCUGGUGAAAGCAUCUGAAGAUUCGAGUGCCAUUGUUGCACACAUACCCAGUCACAUGUACUCCAAGUUGAUUGACAAGUUUUACUUUCUUCAACUACCCAUUGCUAGACGCUUGAAGCGAUUGUUAUCAAAGCAAUUCCUCACCAUAGACUAUGCCUUGGAAUGGUGCCAUAUUUCUGCUGGGGACAUCUUGAGCAAAGAGGGUGAGCCAGCAAAUGGAUUCCACAUAGUAUUGAGUGGACGAUUUCGAGUGGUCAAGUUCAAAACACCUUUUAAACCGGUUGCCUCAAAGGCAGGUCAUGAUACUUAUGACUACAACGACAACUUGAUCGACGAGAGCAAUAAAAAGUAUACUUCGAAUGAUGUUGAAAUUUUGGGAGAAUACGGCCAUGGUGAGUCUAUUGGAGAAGUUGAAGUAUUAACAGCAUCUCUCAGAAAAAACACUUUGAUUGCAGUUCGUGACUCAGAAACAGCCAGGAUACCUAGAGCGCUUUUUGAAUUACUUUCGCUCCAAAACCCAUCAAUAAUGGUGAAAGUUUCAAGAAUUGUCGCCAAUAGACUCUCAAAAAAAGACUCGGAGGAGAUCCUAGAUAAACCACUUGCAAUGACACUGUCUGACAGUCCAUAUAUCUCGAGCAACUUCAAGACGAUCACCAUAUUACCCACCGUUUCCCAGCUUCCCGUUAGAGAAUUUGCAGACAAGUUAGUACAGGCAUUGAAAGCGAUAGGCAGAAACGUUAUAGCACUUGAUCAAGCUUCUACACUUACUCAUCUUGGAAAGCAUGCAUUUGACGAACGACUUGCCGAGCUUAAACUUUCCGGCUACUUUGCCUACUUGGAGGAGAAGUAUGAAACGAUUGUCUACGUUUGUGAUACUCCAGUCAAGUCCAAUUGGACUUCUACUUGUAUCUCUCAGGGUGACUGUAUUCUUUUGCUUGCUGAUGCUGACGAUGAAGAUACUGCUGAAAGUAUUGGAUCUUACGAGAGACUACUUAUUAAGCUAAAAACCACAGCAAGAACCGAUCUCUGUUUGAUACAUCCCGAGAAGUAUGUGACUCCAGGAUCUACGAGUAUUUGGUUGAAGAACAGAGUAUGGGUUCAAGGUCAUCAUCAUAUACAGAUGGAAAUAAGCCCAACGCAAACUACGCUGGUGAUGAAACCAAAGAUCCCAAUAAUCAGUGAGUUGGCCAAGAAGAUCAAGGAUAGAGCUAAUCCAAACAUAAAGUUGAAAUUAGAGGAGGUCAAGGGAAAAGCAUUAGCAUCGUUUGUCAAGUUGAACAAUAAGAUCAAUGCACAUGGACGGAUGUCUUUCAAUGGAGUGUCGGUGCACAAGAACGAUUUUCUUCGACUUGCUCGUAUUCUCUCGAAUGAGGCCGUUGGGCUUGUUUUGGGUGGAGGAGGGUCUCGUGGAAUCUCUCACGUUGGCGUUGUAAUUGCACUUGAAAAACAUGGUAUUCCCAUAGAUCUUGUUGGCGGAACCUCAAUAGGGUCGUUUGUGGGUGGACUCUAUGCUAUGGACUAUAACACAGUUUCGAUUUAUGGCCGAGCCAAAAAGUUUGCAAAGAGAGUGUCUUCGUUUUGGAGAAUCCUCACAGACUUAACAUACCCCGUCACUUCCUAUAUGACCGGUUAUGAGUUCAAUAGAGGUAUCUGGAAGAUUUUUGGCUUUACAGAAAUUGAAGAUUUUUGGCUCCGCUACUUUUGCAACUCCACCAAUAUUACCAACUCCACCAUGGAUAUACACGAAACUGGGUACCUGUGGCGGUUUAUUAGAGCUUCAAUGUCGUUGGCUGGCCUACUCCCUCCGAUUACAUACAACGGUUCUAUGCUUCUCGAUGGAGGCUACUUGGACAAUUUACCUGUUCUGGAAAUGAAGAAAAAAGGUGCCAAGUACAUCAUUGCUGUUGACGUUGGGUCAGUUGACGACAGAACACCCAUGAAUUACGGUGAUACACUUUCCGGAUUUUGGGUUCUUCUCAACCGUUGGAACCCAUUUUCUAAGCAUCCUGAUGUUCCAAAUAUGAUGGAUAUUCAAUUGAGAUUGGCAUAUGUCGCAAGUGUCAAUGCUCUUGAAAUCUCGAAAAAGACACCAGGCGUGAUGUAUCUCCGGCCCCCAAUUGAGAACUAUGCUACUUUGGACUUUGCCAAGUACGAUGAAAUCUAUCGCGUGGGGUAUGUGUACGCAGAUGAACUUUUCACUCUGUGGAAAAGCAGUGGUAAGCUACCCGAUAUCGCGGGAAUGGGAGACAAGGUUCGGAAAGACAUGUCUGGAGAGCAUGUUUCGUUGAGCAGACGUAAUUCUAUUUAA